AAGUGUAAACAGGCGGCUGAGGCUCAGUUUAUUCCAGCUCGCUUCCCAGAAAACCGCUCGGCUCUGCGGUCUUUGUAUGACUUUUCUGUGAGGUAAACGCCUGACUGGAUUCCCCGGCUGUUUCUGUUUCCUCAGGAAAAAAAAAAACUAUUAUUAUUAUUAUUUUUUUUAGUUUUAGUUUUUCUUUCCUCCGCCUUCAUGAGCGGUUUCUCUUCACUGCAGCGUCAUUAAGCACACUGUGCUUUUCACAUCCGGUUUUUCCCCUCAGGGAAGGCGUUUUGUGUGAUUCCUGAGGUAAUUUCUUUCCCGUUGUGUCAGAAUGAUUCGGCGCGGUUUAACCUAGCUAGCCGGACCGGAAUUGCUAGCGACAUCCAGCGAACUGAGUCACGUCCAGCGGUUGCUACAACAACCGGAAUUCGAAGAUUCGAAUGGCAGAAAGCGGUGGAGGAGAAGAAAGCCCCAGCUCCAGCCCCGGCUCCAGCUCCAGCUCCACUGGGAGGAGAAUGCAAGGAGCAGAAAAAGCGAGCCCCAGCAACGUGAGGAAGAAGAACGGUGGAGAGAGCCCCGGUUCUGUGAGGAUGAAGCCGCAUCAGUCGCCCUCCAUCCGGGCCGCGAGGUCUCACUCCGGCCACUCUUUCCGCAGAGUGACUCUGACCAAGCCGACUUUCUGCCACCACUGCAGCGACUUCAUCUGGGGGCUUGUGGGCUACCUGUGUGAAGUGUGUAACUUCAUGUCUCAUGAGAAGUGUUUGAAGCAUGUGCGGACCGUGUGUUCCUGCAUGGCGCCCACCCUGGUGCGGGUUCCUGUCGCUCACUGCUUCGGUCCAGCCGGUCAGAAGAAGCGCUUCUGCUGCGUGUGUCGCAAGAACCUGGAGGGAACGUCGGCUCUUCGCUGUGAAGUGUGCGAGUUGCAUGUUCACAGCGACUGCGCCCUGUUUGUCUGCAGCGACUGUCGUCUGUGUCACCAAGAUGGAAGUCAAGACUACGACAUGUUCCAUCACCACUGGCGGGAGGGAAACAUGGCGUCUGGAGCACGCUGCGAGGUGUGCCGGCGUGCCUGCGGCUCCUCCGACGUCCUCGCCGGGAUGAGGUGCGAGUGGUGUGGCGUCACGGCGCACGCCUUGUGUUAUAUUAUGAUCCCUCCCGAGUGCGGUCUGGGUCGUCUGCGCAACAUGAUCCUGCACCCCAGCUGUGUCCGCAUCUGCUCACGCAACUUCAGCAAGAUGCACUGCUACCGCAUCUCUGAGCCCCCGCAGCAGUGCGAACUGGAUACUCUAGAUGACACCGAUGUCCAGAACCCAGGAGCAUCCAAGGACAAUCAGUCCUCAGGCUCAUCGGAUACCGGAAAGCAGACUCUGAGAGUGUUUGAUGGGGAUGACGGUGUGAAGCGAAAUCAGUUCCGGCUAGUUUCCAUUCCUAGAAUGACCAAGAAUGAGGAAGUCGUGGAAGCAGCUCUCCGGGCGUUCUACAUCCCGGACGAGGCGCUGGAAUACGAGCUGCAGAAUUGCACCCAUCCUGAUCUGCUCACCGAUGACAUCAUCAACCGCAACGGCGUGCCCGACAACAAGGCCAUGCUGAAGGACGGCCCACCGGAGGUGUGGUUUCUUCGAGCCAAGCCUAAAGAUACGGAGUUGCUGAAGAUCUAUGCUGGCUGGCUCAAGGUCGGUGUUGCCUACAUAACUAUCACGGUUGGGAAGAGCAGAACGGUAGACUCUGUCAUCAAGGAAGUCCUCGUCCAGCUCGGCAAACAGAAUGAAAACCCUGCAGAUUUUGACCUUGUGGAGGUUUUCAUGGGCAGCAAACAAGUGCAGAAACAGGUUCUUUGUGGUCAGGAGCUGUUGCUGGACAAGCUGCAGGAGAUCAGGAAGACGUCUCUGAGGCAGAUGAACCAGACACGCUUUUACAUUGUGGAGAACAGGAACCGGGUGGUCCAAGUGAACCUGCUGAUUGGAGGACUUCCGCUGCAACUCGACGCAGAGGAGUACACAAAGCUGCUUCAGGAGCACCUCGCGAUCAAGAGUCACUUGGUCACAGUCACUUGCGUCUACUCAGCACAAGGAGCGGUGGCUUUGCAGAUCACAUGUUUUUCUGAAGCUGAACGCAUCUACAUGCUGGCCAAAGACACCAGCAUCACCGACAAGCAGCUCACUUGUUUCAUCAUACCUGAGAUCAUGGAAAGCAAGCUCACCAGAGCCUCAUGCCCUUUACUGGUGUUUGUUAACCCUAAAAGCGGAGGCCUGAAAGGCAGAGAGAUCCUUUACGGCUUCCGGAAACUUCUCAACCCUCAUCAGGUGUUCGAGCUGACCAGUGGAGGGCCACUGCCUGGACUGCACACAUUUCGCUUCGUUCCCCACUUCCGCAUGCUGGUGUGUGGAGGGGACGGGACAGUGGGAUGGGUGCUGGGUGUGCUGGAGACCAUCAGACACAAACUAGCCUGUUCUGAGCCUGCGAUCAGCAUCCUCCCUCUGGGAACAGGUAAUGACCUGGCGCGUGUCCUGCGAUGGGGGGCGGGCUACAGCGGCGAGGACCCCUACAAUAUCCUGGUCUCAGUGAACGAGGCAGAAGAGGUGGAGAUGGACCGCUGGACCAUCCUUUUUGACGCUCAGGAAAUGACAGAGGACGGAAAGCAGAAUGGCUUCCUGGAGCCUCCGAAGAUAGUCCAGAUGAAUAAUUACUUUGGCCUCGGGAUCGAUGCGGAACUCAGCUUGGACUUCCAUCACGCUCGGGAAGAAGAGCCAGGAAAAUUCAACAGCAGGUUUCAUAAUAAGGGCGUGUAUUUGAAAGCCGGCCUGCAGAAACUGAGUCACACAAGAAACCUUCACAAAGACCUGAAACUGCAGGUGGACAAGCAGGACAUAGAACUACCGAGUAUAGAGGGCCUCAUCUUCCUCAACAUUCCCAGCUGGGGUGCUGGUGCUGAUCUGUGGGGUUCAGACAGUGACACACGCUUUGACAAGCCCAGGAUGGAUGACGGCAUGCUGGAGGUAGUGGGAGUAACUGGGGUGGUACACAUGGGUCAGGUCCAAAGCGGGCUACGCUCAGGGACCCGGCUCGCUCAGGGCAGCUACAUCCGCAUCACUGUGACAAAACCCAUCCCGGUGCAGGUGGACGGUGAGCCGUGGAUCCAGUCCCCUGGACAGAUCAUCAUCUCCGCAGCAGGACCCAAGGUGUGCAUGCUGAGGAAAUCAAAGUCCAAGCAGAAGAAGCAAUCUGGGAGUCUGAAGGAUGGGAGAGCCGAGAGCCCGGUGCCAGGAGAUGGGGCAAACUGACAGAAAAGCCCACCACACACACCCAAACACACGUCACACGCAUGCAGUCUUUCAGAAGUCUGCACAAUGCUGUGCAUUCAGUAACAAGUCUGCGUCCACCUCCUUGGUGGGCUAACGAAGAAAUCUGAUUCACUGGAUUCGAGACAAAAGAAACAUUGUGUUUCUGAUUUGAAAAUGAACAUUUCCAUGUUUAAGAGGCUGCAGCGGAAACCAGUAGAAAGGAAAUGAAGCUUUCUUCAUACUUCAUAGUCCCUCUUCUUUUCACAAAAACGGACGAGUUGAUGAGUUGCUUUUAACAGAUGUUGCCAUUGCAUCAAAGUAGUAAAAAUGUGCACACGCUCGCACGCACACAGUUUUUGGGAGUGGAAGUGGUUUUGAGAAAUUGAGAGCAUUGCUCUUUUGAAACCAAAUCACAAUCACAUGGAGUUUUGACCUGGAUCCUUGUUUAGAGUUUCUCUAAAUUUAGCGCUUUCAUAUCGGUCGAGGUUUUUUUUUUUUUUUUUGCCCCAGCUUGAAACUCGAUUCACUCUAUUACACUGUGGCUGAAUGUAAGACACCAAUUUCUGCGUGUUUUGCUUUCUCACAUUUCUUAUUGAGAUGGAAAAGAUUGAGUAUGAUUGUCAUGAAUCACUGCAUGAUAAGGAGAUGUGUAGCGAUUAUUGCCAGGUUGAUUGGAUUUACCAUAAAUAGCCAGGUUAAUUGGUUAUUUAUGAUAAAAUUAACAUUCAACCAGACAAAUAGAUUCGACUCAUGGAGCUAAAUUAAGGAGUAGCAUUUAGUUCUUCCAUUUAUCAUUAAAAUUGGAGUGAAUUUCCUUUUGGUAUUGUGUUUAAGUAGUUAAAUCUUAACUGACAAAUGAAAGUUACUGAGAAAAUCUUAAAAAAAAAAAAAAGAGCGAGAAUAGCUGUGUAAAGUUAAAAUGAAACAAGACAUGCACUCAAAGACUGAAGGAACUGCAUUACUGGUCUGUAGAUGUUUCUAGCUGGUCUUUUAUUCUCUGGCUUUGAUUUAACAAGCAUGCAUUAUUAUUAUUUUUUUUAAAUCAAUAAAUUCAUAAUCAUAUAUAUGAGUGAUUCCACGCUUAUGGGUACUGAAAUGGGGAC